UACAUCUUGUAUCCAGCAACUGAGCCUGCAAAAGGGGAUAUUCGACUGCAGUACCUCUGCGACGAGCGAAAGAAUAACUCAGCCAAGAGGAAAAAGAGCGGAGUCACAAGAAGCCGGUGAAAGCCAAGUUCUCGGCAGCGCCGCCGUAAUCUCAAGUUAUUUCUGUCCAUCUCUCCACAUCUCCCCAUCAUCGUCUUUCCAUCUUCUCUCUACCCCACUUGUUUACCUUCACUACUUUCAUAUACCCCAGAAAGCACCAGCGUGGAGGUUUAUUUGGUCAUCGCAUCACCGACUAAUAAUAUCCUGCCGAUCUCGCAACGAAAUCAGAAGUAUCCAUCUCGGCAUAUAAUUCUGUAAUCACCACAUUACGCAUCGGCAUCUCGACGUCUCAUUACAUCAAUACCAUUCCUUCAAGUUCUUCGAUGUGCUUAUAGCCAGUACUUUUCCAUCCACAGUAUUGUCGACAUUUACAUUGUUCACCUUGCGUAUUCGGCGGUCGUAGCCUGCGUUUCAGUUUUUUCGACUAUCGACUACGUCUCCCUGGCUUCACGACUCUUUUUUCUACGUUUACAAAAACAAACAACAUUCAGCCAUGCUGUCUUCGAACCCUUCAAUCCCUCUCUCCUCUAUCGACUUUGCCGAUAACGAAGGUCGUCGACUCUCGCUCAUUACGGCCGAAGGCCGCAAGAUGCUCACUGCUCACGACGGUCUUCCAUCGCCGGGCAACUUGACACCGACUGAGAAUGAGAGUGAUAUUGGGGAAGAAGCUGAUAUCACGGACGAGCGCUCAAGGCAGAUGAGGUAUUCGGAUGAUGACGAAAAUACUCUUCAUACGGUGGACAUGGAGCAGCCUGUCGGAGCGGCAGCGAUAUAUACGCGGGAUGGACAUCACAAGUUGUCCAAGGUACCCAGUAGAGGAGGUAUCUGGCAUCCGGAUCCCAGAUGGGACGAAAAUGCGACUAGUCGUAGAGCGUCACCUGCUGCUCGACCUAUCGACGGCGAACAAUUUUUUGCUACCCAUAACAAGACCCUUCCUCCCAUCCUCGCCUUUACCCCUGCGGUUGCCGCACCUUCUUCGACGUCUGUCAAUACAACAUCUCCGGCACCCGAAGCACGAGAACCUCAGCCUCGUGCUCAAACAGCGCCUUCCAGUCCUCAUCAAUCUCCUACAGCAACAAGGCAACCUUCAAAACAUCACCAUCCCUUGCAUGAUUUGCGACGGUUCCUGAACCAUACAUUGGGUGGACGAGAUAAGCAUGCUAAUGAUCAUCACCAUGAAACCUCUGGCCCGUCAACGCCGAGCUCGCCUUCAAUGAACGCUGCUACGCCUGGCAUGCAGCGUCGUGGUAGUGGUUUCAGCGGCUUGGCAGCUGGGGGAGGCGGCAUGACGAAUGCCCAAGCCACCCCUGCUCACUCUCGUCAUGACAAGGAUAAGGAUCAUGGUGCGCACACCGCCCAUCUUAUGGGCUUUAUACGUCAUCAUCACAGAGAUAACGAAGGUGAGAAGUCACACUCUUCCCUUGCGUCAUUCUUUGGACAUGGCGACAAGAAGGAUAAGAAGAGGAAGGAAAAGGGACACACUCCUGUGGAGAGCACGGUGGGCAGCGCUGCUCCUAGUAGGACCCAGACGUUGCAGAUGACUGGCGUCGAAAGCCCCAGAUCAGCUGCUAGUAGUCCCAGCAUGACUCCCGCCGAUGUGUCCGGUUACGCCACUCCCAAGAACGCCUCUGAAUACCCUGGUGUGCCCCAUCCUGUCGUCGCGCUGACGCACCCAUCUCUCCACGAAGCCACCCACGCUGCUCUCUCCAAAAAGUAUGGUAAAUGGGGCAAGGUUCUCGGCAGCGGUGCGGGCGGUACUGUGCGCUUGAUCAAGGGAAGCUCCAAGACCGGCGGAGCUUUGUAUGCGGUCAAGGAAUUUAGGCCAAGAAGGCAAGGAGAGACGGAGAAGGAGUACCAGCGAAAGGUUACGGCAGAGUUUUGUGUGGGUGUGACGUUGAGGCAUGUGAAUGUGAUUGAGACCGUGGAUAUUGUUAAUGACCACAAUCAUUACUACGAGAUUAUGGAGUACGCUCCUUAUGACUUGUUCUCUGUUGUCAUGUCUGGCAAGAUGUCUCGUCCGGAAAUCUACUGUGUCUUCCGUCAGAUCGUCGACGGUGUCAACUACCUUCACUCGAUGGGUCUUGCUCACCGAGAUCUCAAGCUUGAUAACUGUGUCAUGACUUCUGAAAACAUUGUCAAACUCAUUGAUUUCGGUACAGCCACCGUUUUCCACUACCCUGGCAAGCACCAAAUUCCAGCGACUGGUGUUGUCGGGUCUGAUCCUUAUUUGGCGCCCGAGGUCCUCAGCAAGAACCAGUACGAUCCACGAUUGACCGAUGUCUGGUCUUGCGCCAUCAUCUUCAUGUGCAUGAUUCUCCGUCGAUUCCCUUGGAAGAUCCCCGAUUACAAGACGGACAUGUCAUUCAGGCUCUAUGUAAACACCCAUCCUGAACUUUGUAUGAAGCCUCCCGUGCCCACCCCUGCGCCAAGCCUUGCGAACGGGAAUGAGGGCGGGCAUACCAAAGUCGGCGGCCCUCAUGGGCUUCUGCCUGAUGGUUCUAGCUCUUUGCCUUUCAGGGCCGAGUCCAACAUCAGCGGAGAAACCGCCGUUGACACGCACAAGGGAUCGCCCGAUUCGCCUCCGAGAAACAACGGCCAUCUUCAAGGCUCUCCCACGAGCUCAUCUUCCGGUGAGGCUCAACUUGCUCAACUUCAUCUCCGUGAUGACAACAAUGGGAAGCACAAGGAUCCUUCAGACCUCAGCUUCCCGAGGAGAAGCGAUUCUAUUGUUUCCGUGCCUGCGAACAGGUACGCCACCAAGGGCGGGCUUGCGCCUCUGCAGCCCAAGAGACAAGGUACUUUGCCUCCUUCGAGUUUGGCCGUGAAGGACGAACAUAGGGGAAGGAGCAGGGCUGUAUCUAGCCCCACUAGCCAGCCCUCUACACCUACAGUCGACCACCGAGGCAACCCAAUCAAUGCCGCUGACGCCGGUGCAGAGAAGAAGGAAAGUACGCCAGAGAGUAGAGCGGAGACUCAAGCCAAACGGGAACGUGCUGCCAGCAUCUCCUCCACCCGUACUUUCAAAAGUGGCGGUGCUGAAUCCAUCUUCCGUCUUCUACCUCGAGAAUCCCGUUCGGCGAUCUUGCGCAUGCUCGCUGUUGAGCCUUCAAUCCGAUGCACCCUUUCGGAUCUGCUCGUUGGCUCAGGGAAGGAUAAGAUGAUGUGCUCUUGUGGGUCUGAAGAGUGUUCGGGCAGUGUGGCGCAGCCCCCCACGGAGAUUACGGGUAUUAGUGCAGAUGAGGAAGAUGAUGGAGAUGAGUGGGUGAAGAAUAUUGAUUGUUGUUCGCAUCAUGUGGGGAGACCGUCAAAUCAUCAGCAUAUCAAAGUGGUGCCGGAAGAAAAACCAAAGAGGAAGUUGUUCCAUUAAAUCAGAACGCAGUAGUAGUAGUAGUAAUGUGGUUACGUAUAUUUUGUACGAAGAGUCGAUGUCUUGGCUUGAUUCAUUUUCUAAUCAACUUUUUACUAGUUAUUUAUAUGGAUGUGUAUUGCCAGAUGAUCUC